CUUUGUUUAGGGCUUUGCCCCAGGUUGUAAUUGUAAUACGUUUGCAUUUUUAGAAAGCUUCCAAGGAGGAAUCUUUCUUGUAACAUACUUUUGACCUCUGAAGGGAUAUUUCCACGACCUGAAAUUACUGGAUAAUAAACCGAGUGAUGGAGCCCCACAUCCAAACCAACAAUUUAUUGGCACCCACAGGUUCAGCCUCUCCAAUACAGCACACCACAGAAUUACCCGGCAUCAGCAGUUUGACGUCAGGGUUAAAAGCCAGUGACAUGAACUCAGGGUUAAAGGUCAAUGAACUUGAUGCCUCGUCAGGCAUAGGACAACACAGUAUGCAGGGAGACCACAUUUCUCAACAUCAGUCAACAACUCAUGUAAAUAUUCAGCAGCAGCAGCAGCAGGGAGAGCAGCAAGAUCAAAUUGUCAUCACUCCAGACAUGUUACAGCAGCUGACAACAGGGACACAGCAAAAUCAGCAGCAGCAAGUGCAACAUUUUCAGCAACUGACAACAGGAGCUCAGCAGCAACAACAACAGCAACAGAUUCAGCAGCAUUUACAACAAUCUCAGCUUGAACAGCAGCAGCAGCAAAUACAGCACCUACAACAACUUACAGCAGAUGCCCAGCAGCAGUCUCAACAACAGUAUUCUGCUGUCAAUCAAAUGAAUAUGACAACUUUAGCAGGAACUAGUGAACUUGUUCAGCAGCCGUCGAUCACCUCCCAAUUAGAUCAAGUCUCGAUACUAAAUACAUCGUGCCCAGUUGGGUCCAUUCAAGGAAUGGACCAACAAAUGAGUACCGGUCAGCCCUCUGUAGAGACCACCUCAACCCUUCAGUCUCUCCCUAUGAGUGUGGUGACCAGUGCCUCCCCUCUUGCCAUGGGUCAGAGUGUGAUGUGUUAUGAGCAGCAAGGGGUCACUAUAUACGUCCCAGGGCGGUCACUUCUCGGACAAAGUCCACCGCCGGCAGUCACUGCUGUCAACCCGAUUAAUCAAACUGGAAGUGGAAAUUCGAUCAACACCACUUCUUUUUAUGCAAAUUCAGGGGGUGUGGUGUACAAUAUGGGAGAUACCAGUCAAACAGGGGUUAACAAAGGCCCUGAGAGCUUCUUGGGUGGCCAACAUGGGAGUCUCACCAUAGGUGAUAUAACCAGCGCUGUAGAAAUGGGCGUUGCCUCAGCAACGGAAAGCAUGGAAGAACAGGUGUUGACUCUGCCAAAUGGCCAACAAAUCCACGUGUCUGUGCUGCCACGUGACGAGGUCCAGAAGUUGUCUCAGCGUCUGUCUCCGCCACCAAAGCAAGAGCUGCAAAGUAAACAACAACAGGAACAGGAAGUGGAUCAGAAAAGCGCACCUGGGACUCAGAAACUACAACCCCCUCCCAACCCGAACCAGCAACAGAAAAAGUCACAGCAAAAUUUGAAGGAAGCUCCUGAAGUGGCACGGCAGGUUUCUAAAAAAGUGGCCAUUGACAGAGACGUAAAGCCAAGUGUCUCGGUCCAAGAUGAGUUACAGAAUUAUGGUGGACAACUUGUCGACUUCCAGGAUACAUUUGAGCAUCUGUGGAAACUGGGCAGUGCCAAGAAAGAGACCAAGAUAUUUGAAAGUGUCACAGCCACUAUCUCCAAGCAGCUGCAGCCCCUGAUUCCCGGCUCCAUAGAUGUCCAUCUCAAACACUUGCAAGAGACUCGUGAUUUCCAACUGGAUGAAACUGAUGACAAAUACACCAUCUCUACAGACCUCGACUCUUUGGUAUCAAUCCGUCGAGACCUGCAAAGAUUGGUCAAUGGGCAUGAUAAAGGGAAAAAUGACCGAGGAGUGAUGUGUGAACUGCUGAAACCUGUCACCGUGACGCGGUCUGGACGUCAGGUGAAACCAACAACAAGAGAAGAUGCCAUUGAAUUUUUUGAUGAUUUUAAUAGCUCCGACCAUGAUGACAGUGAAGAUCUGGUUGUGAAAACCCCAGUACGUAGGAGAAAAACUAAAACACCUUUGAAAAUCACCAGUGCUAAGAAAGAACCGAAUCCUUCUGUUAUCAUAGAACAUGAUGGCGACAUGUGGGAAGGCGAUGGAACCAUUGACGAAACAAAAGUUAUUGUUUCAAAUUCUGAUAUACGGGAUGAGGAUAUCAAUCAAGAAGGAGAUGUGAAGCCAGAAGACAGUUCCAAUGAUGAUGAUGAUGAAGAAGGAGAAGAAGAAGAGCCAGAUUUCAGCAAUGAUAACACGGAGAACAAAGACCCGGAUGACUCCUGUCUCAGUGAUGCAGAGGAGGGCACCACACAACGCAGGCGGUCAAAGAGAGAUGCAGCAAAAUGUGAAAAAAACAAAGAGUAUGAGGAUACUUUACCCUUCAAAUUUUGGUGUAAAAUGUGUUCAUUUAAAACUAAAAGGAAAGCUCAAUUCGACAAGCACAUGACUUGCCAUAAAGUCUACAAGAAGCUGUAUGCAUGCACAAAAUGUACUUUCAAAACAAUACGCCUCAGUGUCCUCAAAAAGCACGAGAUAAACACCCACAGCAAAGAAUGCAAAAGCUGCCCUAAUGCUAAAUGCAAGUAUAGGACAGACAACCCUGUAUUAUUAGAACGCCAUAUCAAGUACAAGCAUAAAGAGCAUGACGAGGGAAAGAAGAAGGUCAACAGAUUUCUGUGUCCAACAGAGGAUUGUGGGUACUCGUCCCAUAGUAUUAUGCAGUUUAAGCGCCAUCUGUCCUGUCACGCGGAUAUCAUAAACGGCACGGACAAAAUAAUAAUGAGGUACCAGUGCGAGAAAUGUGCUUACAGUACUAAGAAAAAGGAACACUAUUUGCGACAUAUUAAAGACGUCCAUACCAAUCAAAGGCCAUUUUUGUGCGAUUUGUGUGGGACUUCUUUCAAGCGAGCGGAUGCCCUGCGCCAACACCGAGUCAUCCACAUGGAAAAGAAAUCUCGCAUCUUCAGGUUUAAAUGCUCCACCUGUGACAAACCAUUCCGUUCAAGGGCGCACUUAGCAGAACACAUGGCAAUGCACACUAGUAUACGUUCAUUUCUCUGUGAGAUAUGUGGAGCUUCCUUCAAGACUAAAUCAGUCCAACGAAAACACGUGGAGACCAUACACAAAAACCCGCGAGCCUUCGAAUGCGGUCAGUGCCCAAAACGCUUCAACACGAAGUACGCCUUGCUGAGACACCAGAGGACACACGACGCCUUAAAUAAUCAGACACAGGAGGUUACUCAGCAGGUCCAGCAAGUGAUACAUAGCCAAGCGACACAACUGCCCCCUACAGUCCAGUCUACUCAGAUCCUUAUCAAGCCGGAGGACUUUCAUCAGACAGCAGACGGACAGACAAUUGUUCAUAUUACUCAUGAAGGAACUAACACCGCGGUGCCUGUAUCUGUUUCCAACGGAACGCCAGUGGAAGUGACUUUGGAAGGUUAUGAACAAAAUACUUUUAUUCCUUCCAAUGAAGCCACAACUGCAUUGCUUUAUCUUACUACGAACCAUUUUCAGACAACUCUUCAGUGAUGUAUUUACUGUAAAAUAAUCUGUUUAUACAUAAAAAUUGUUUUUGUAUAAUGCCAAGCAAAGUGAUAUGCGCAUUUAUAUCUGUAAAACAGAGGUUGUUGUAAAUACAUAUUUCAGUCAUAAUUUACAUUAACAAGGUAUUUGAGAUGAUAAUAUAACUGCUCUUCAAGUGGAUAAAACUUGCCUUUGGAAAAGGGGUAAAAUUAUUUUGAUGUGGAUCUCUAUAUUUGUGCUAAGUGAUAAUUAUAUUGUUGCCUAAUUAUUAAAGUUUUUUCAAAAGUUAAGAGUUUUUUGAUGCAUAGAUGGUAGCCCUGAACAUAUAGCUGUCACCUGUUUAUUUAUUAUUGGAUUUUUUUGUCUUUUAUUUAUCUUUUAAAUUUAAGCUUACUGGUAACUUUUUUUCUUUCUUCUUUAAUAGUUAUGUCAAGUGUGGUUUUUGUUGAUUUUUUUCCUGUGUGCACAAAAACUGUCUAGCCAACAGUCUAGCCCAUUUUGAACUUGACAAUGUUGGUAACAAGCAAAUAAAUUUUUGUUAUUGCAUAUAUGAGUUUUAUUUAGCUUAUGGUCACAUUUAAUGCUUAUUGUUCACUUCUCUAUGAAUGGUCAGAGAUGAAAGUCUCGAUUUAUGUGGAUAUUAAUAAAAAUGAAUAUUUUUCUAAUGAUAUUUCCCAAACCCCCAUGUUGAUCUAUGAC